UAUCCUCUAAGAUUGCUGGGGUGAGGUUGAAAAAUUUGUCCAAGACAAAAUUUAAUUAUCAUCUUCGAUUCUCCAUCGCCGCCAUUUUCGGUUCUGCAAGAAUGCUUCCAAGAAAGCUCCUCACUUUCUCUCUUUUCAUUUUCUUCUUCUUCUCCAUCUCCCACUGCUUCAUCUUCGAUUUCCCGUCUUUCAGCCUCAGAAAUCUCACCCUUCUUGGGGACUCGUAUCUCAGAAACGGCGUCGUCGGGCUCACCAGAGAGCUCGGAGUUCCGGCGUCAAGCUCCGGCUCUGUGAUCUACAACAACCCGGUCCGGUUCUUGGACCAAGAAUCCAACGUGACCGCCUCUUUCACCACGAGAUUCUCUUUUUCCAUCGGGAACGUCAAUCCGGCGUCGUUUGGGGACGGGCUGGCCUUCUUCCUCUCCGGUGACAACCAGACGUUGGGGAGUCCCGGCGGCUAUCUGGGCCUGGUCAACUCGUCGCAGUUGACCAAGAACAGGUUUGUGGCGGUGGAGUUUGACACGCGGCAGGAUUUGCACUUCGCUGAUCCGGACGGGAACCAUGUCGGGUUGGAUCUCGACAGCCUUGUCUCCGUCAAGACGGCGAACGCCGGUCUGGCCGGCGUCAAUCUGAAGUGCGGGAACGUGAUUACGGCGUGGGUCGAUUACAGGCACGAGGAGAAGAAGCUGGAGGUUUUCUUGAGUUACUCCAGCUUCAAGCCGGAAACCGCUUUACUGGCGGUCGGAAUCGAUCUCUCGGAGUUCUUGCAGGAGUUUAUGUUCGUGGGCUUCUCCGGCUCCACCGAGGGAAGCACGGAGUUGCAUUGCAUCGAGAGUUGGAGCUUCCAGACGUUCGGGUUCAGGGAUUCGAGGCCAAGAAUCCGGCCACACAACGUUAACUCCGUUUACUCUGUUCCCUUCAAACCGCCGAUCCCGGCCGCCGACUCCGGCGACAACCGCCACCGCAGCAAGAAUCUCCGUCUGGGUCUGGGUAUCGCAAUCCCCUCAUUCUUCUGCGCCCUUCUUGCCCUUUUAGGUCUGUUCGCGGCCAAGAAACUGAAGAGGGGAAACAAGAAACAGAGGGUUCUGAAAACAGACGUGAAGGCGGCGGGCCCCAGACAGUUCACAUACAAAGAGCUGAGAAUCGCCACCAAGGGGUUCAACGCCGGGAGGAUCAUAGGCAACGGCGCGUUUGGGACGGUUUACAAGGCCGUUUUCCCGAAUUCAGGGAACGUAGCAGCCGUGAAGAGAUCCAAACACGAAGGGAAAACGGAAUUCGUUGCAGAACUGUCCAUCAUAGCAGGGCUAAGGCACAAGAAUCUGGUUCAGCUCCAAGGCUGGUGCGUCGAUAAGGACGAAUUGCUUCUAGUCUACGAGUUCAUGGCCAACGGGAGCCUAGACAAGGUCCUAUACAAAGAAUCCGAGCAGAAAAACCCGCUGAAAUGGUGUCACAGAUACAAUAUAGCUCUGGGUUUGGCCUCAGUUCUUACAUACCUGCACCAAGAAUGUGAGCAGCAGGUGAUCCACAGAGACAUCAAAACCAGCAACAUAAUGUUGGACUCAGGCUACAACCCGAGGCUCGGGGAUUUUGGGCUUGCGAGGCUAAUGGACCACGACAAAAGCCCGGUGUCCACCUUAACGGCGGGGACAAUGGGGUACCUUGCCCCAGAGUAUCUGCAGUAUGGGACAGCAACUGAGAAGACUGAUGUGUUCAGCUAUGGAGUGGUGAUACUGGAGGUGGCUUGUGGGAGGAGGCCCAUUGAGAAGGAAGGGGUAAAUUUGGUAGAUUGGGUUUGGAGGCUCCAUUCUUUUGGGAGGAUAAUUGAUGCAGCAGACAAAAGGUUGUGUGGGGAGUUUGAGGAGGAAGAGAUGAAGAAACUUUUGGUUGUGGGGCUGAGCUGUGCUAAUCCAGAUGGCCAUGAGAGGCCUUCAAUGAGGAGAGUUCUGCAAAUACUCAACAAUGAAGCUGAGGCUUUGGAUGUCCCAAGGGUGAAGCCUACUUUGACAUUCUCCAACAGUUUGCCACUCAGCAUUGAUGACAUCUUUUCAGAUGUUGAAGAAGGAGGAGGACAAGAAGUUCAGAAACAAGAGGAUUGCUUAGAGAUCAAACUUGAAGAUUCAUCUUUUUCAUCCUCAAUCUCUUCAAACAUGCCCAAUCUGCAACUCAGUGUUGGUGGGAUCUUCUCAGAGGAUGAAGACUGCAGGAGCCCCUUGGAGAUCAAACUUGAUUCCUUUGAGCAACACUCUUUCCCCAGAUAUGAUGAUGCGUGAAGUGAAUUCUUGUUUUUCUGCAACUGCUAAUAGGGUGUUUUUGGUCAUUCUUUGAUUCCAACAGUUUGUUAGAUGAGAUAUAAAGGUGUGAGAGAGCUUUAGGUGCUGAGUUCAAAGUCAUUCCAUUGAACUCUUGUUUGUUUUGCCUUUUCUGUCUAGUGCUGCUACUUUUUACACUAUCUUUUAUGGAGAUUUUAGUAAAGAUUUCAUUUUUUU